CGUGUCUUCCCGAGGCGGCGGCGGCGGCGGCGACGAGGAGGCCAAGAUGGCGGCCUCCAUAGUGGCGGGGGCCUGCCGGGGUUGCCAGGGGCAAGGAGCCCGGCUCUUUUGGCGGGGCCUGGGCAGCUGUGCCAGGCGGGCAGCCCCCGACAAAGAGACCCACUUCGGGUUCCAGACCGUGUCGGAGGCGGAGAAGGGAGAGAAGGUUUACCAGGUUUUUGAAAAUGUGGCCAAGAAGUACGAUCUCAUGAACGAUUCCAUGAGUCUGGGGAUCCAUCGCGUGUGGAAAGAUAUCCUGCUGCGACACAUGAACCCGUACCCUGGGACCCAGUUACUUGAUGUAGCCGGAGGGACAGGUGACAUUGCCUUUCGGUUUAUCAAUUCUGUUCGAUCCCAGCGGGAACAUCAGGUUCGACAGAAGCUGAGAUCCCAUCAGAAUUUAUCGUGGCAGGAGAUUACCAACCUUUACCAGGAAGAGGAGCAUCAGUCCUUGGGAGGAUCCCAGGUGGUGAUCUGUGACAUUAAUGCAGAAAUGCUCAAGGUUGGGAAGCAGAAAUCGCAACAUCUUGGCUACUCGGAAGGAUUGUCCUGGGUUGUUGGAAAUGCUGAAGAGCUGCCCUUCAAUGAUGACAAGUUUGACAUUUACACAAUUGCUUUUGGUAUCCGGAAUGUCACUCACAUCGACCAGGCCCUUCAGGAGGCCUAUCGAGUCCUGAAACCAGGGGGACGGUUUCUUUGUCUGGAAUUCAGUCAAGUGAACAACUCCAUCAUUUCAAGUUUGUACGAUCUGUAUAGCUUCCAAGUUAUUCCUGUGUUGGGUGAGGUUAUUGCUGGGGAUUGGAAAGCCUACCAAUAUCUUGUGGAAAGCAUCAGGCGCUUUCCUGCCCAGGAUGAAUUCAAGGAGAUGAUUGAAGAUGCAGGCUUUCUGAAGGUGGAAUAUCAGAACCUGAGUUCAGGCAUUGUGGCUAUUCAUUCUGGUUUCAAGCUGUGAUGGUCCUCUUGUACAUCUUUGGAUAGGAAAACAUUACCAGGGUGAUGAAGAGAUUUUUCUGAUGAUAAAAUAUCAAUUCACCCAGUUGGGCCUUCCUGUGUGCACUCACUGGCCAAGUCAUUGUAAGUGACUUCGGAGAAGAACUGGUCCCUUGGAAGAAUCAGAAUGACAGGUUUCAGAAGGGGCAACUGUUCUGUUUUGGAGGUUGCUUGUCAACUACACCCACUUGAAGCAGUUCCUCAUAAUGCUGGGCAACACAAGAACUUGAUACUACUACUCGAAACUGGGACUUGAGAAAAAUUACUUUUAUAUCAGAGGCUUUUAAAGGGGACAGUUGCAUGAUACAUUUCCAAGAAUUCUGUUUUUAUCAUUGCAGCUGCUCUUGGGUUAGCAGUGUGAGACAAAGAAAAUGAACAACACAAACAGGCCUGUAAAAGUCUGUACUUAUUUCUAAGUAGCUCUGAUUUAUUCUAUCAACAGAUAGAAGUGGCUGAAGUUUCUUGGUGUAUUUAUUAAAAUAUUUAGAUUUUCAA